CCGAGAUCCGAACACCCAGCCUUAGGCCGCCAACCUCUGUUGGAAGAGAUGACCACCACCGCCGGCUGCACUGGUCAGAACAGAUCUGAUCGUAGGUGCCGCCGACGAGACCACCAGGCCCUCCACGCCGCCGUCGUCGAUCUGAAGGCAGCAUGCACGCCGCCGCAGCCAAGCCGGCCGCCGUCGACCGCAGCCGCCGCCGCCGCCCAAAGGGCUAUCCGGAGCGCCCGCAGCCCUGGCCUCCGCCGCGCCAAGCAGUCGCCGUCCGUGGACGGGCCGGCCUCCCGCCGCCUGCCGCCAUCCGCCGCACCGCAGAUCCCAGAUCGGUCGCGCCACCACACGCCUUGGGGUCCUCCCCACCCCGGAGACGCGCGAGAGAGGAGAUCCCCCGCCACCGCCGUCGGCCCCCGGGCUUAGCCCGGCGGCGGCGGCUAGGUUUCUAGCCGCCUGAGUCGCCCAUGGGGAGGACGACGCGGGCGUUGUUUGACCAGGGGGAGGCUAGCGGCUGUGCCGGAGGUUCAGGAUCUUGCACCAUGGAGGAGGCAGUGAGGCAGCUCAUAGAGGAGGGAAUAGCAGCAGCAGCAGCGUCUGCGGGCGGCUGCUUAGUUGUUGCCCUUAUUGGUGGUGCUGUCAGACUCCUACAAUCUAUCAAUGAGCGGCGAGGGAUUUCGCUGAGCAUGGAGCACCGGUUGGUCGAUUUCCUGGAUGGAAUCAUUUUUCUGAGUCUAAGCUUGUUGGUGCCAGGGCAACAUAUGGCACAAAAUAAUGAUUGGCCAAGGCAGGCUAAUGGAGAAUGGUUGCAUCUGAGGCACGUGACAGACGGUGGAACUGCGGCUAUGCAUGAGAGGUAUGGGGGUAAUGGAGGCAGAUUCACAUGAGAAGAUUGUGGGACAAAUAAAUAGCAGCAGGAUGAGCAAUGCCUGGGGCGACCACUCAGUCCUCAUUGCUGGUGUUGUCGGACGCCUA